AUGAUCCCUGAGUCAGAUGGCCAUCUACAGUGCCCUAUUCCAUGUGCUGUUCUCACGGUGGUCUUUAUUGUUACUUUGAUCAUAGCAUUGAUUUCCUUGUCAGUGGGCCAAUACAAUUGUCCUGGAAUAUACACCAGGGUAAAUACAUCCCCAUCGAUGACAUCGAUGCCCCUGGCUCCUCCUGUUUCCUCGUGCCCAGAUUUCUGGAUUGGAUAUCAAGGCAAAUGUUACAUCUUUUCCAACACUACAGGGAACUGGUCCACCAGCCAAAAUACCUGCUUGUCCCAUGACUCAACUCUUGCCCAGAUUGCCUCUAUGGAGGACCUGAUUUUUCUCCAACGAUAUGCGGGGAAUGUUGAGCACUGGAUUGACCUGAGAAAUGAAACAGAACAAGUGAGGCAAUGGACAAAUGACAAAGAAUUCAGCAGUUGGUUCAACCUCACAGGCUCAGGGAACUGUGCAUACUUGAGAAAUACUGAAGUCAGCAGUGCCAAAUGCCAGGAGGAUCUACACUGGAUCUGUAGCAAACCCACCAGACACUGA